AUGGCCCUUCUCCCUGCUCUUAGUGAAACUGCGCUCACUAGCAAGGUUAUACAUGCAACCGGAUAUCGAAAUCUCCCACCAGACGAGCUAGUCGACCUCGCAAUUGAGAGUCACAUUGCGCGUAUAGUCAAACGCUCUCUCGUUGGCAGUGACGAAUCAUUCUUCAUCGCCGAUUUGGGCCAGGUACUUCGACAGCAUCGUCGUUGGACCCAGAACAUGCCCGGAAUCCGACCGUAUUACGCGGUCAAAUGCAAUUGCGACCCAACCUUCCUCAAAGUCCUCGCAGAACUGGGGACGGGGUUCGACUGCGCCUCCAUUGAAGAGAUGCGCGCAGUUCUCAGCCUCGGUGUAGAUCCAGCCCGGAUUCUGUUCGCCAAUCCCUGCAAAGCACCCGCCGCCGUAGCUUUCGCACGCGAUAUUGGUGUCUUGCGGACAACAUUUGACAAUAUCGACGAAUUGGAUACUAUCAAGGCACACAUGCCGGAAGCUCAGCUGUUGCUUCGGAUCUACGCGAAUGACGAGGGUGCGUUCAUAUGUCUGGGCGAAAAGUUUGGUGCGCAGUUGGAUACGACCGAGGAACUCCUUUCAAGAGCUUGGGAGCUUGGAUUGAAUGUGAUUGGUGUGAGCUUUCACGUUGGGACGGGUGCUAUCAACCCAGCGUCAUUUUGCAAGGGCAUCAAAGAUGCACGUCUGGCAUUCUCACAAGCGGAACGUCUAGGUUUCCACCCCAAAAUUCUCGAUAUCGGCGGUGGCUUUCAAGACGAUUGCUUCGAGUCUAUGGCGCCUAUUAUUCGAGACGCAAUUCGGUCGGAGUUUCCAGCUGGUAUCACAACGAUCGCAGAGCCAGGUCGGUUUUUCGCUCGUAGUGUGUAUACUCUUGUAUGUCGAGUGAUUUCACGUCGCCGUCAGCUUGGGAGUGCUGCUCGAUCUGGUGUUCCAGACAUGCUUUAUCAAAAUGAUGGCAUAUAUGGAAAUUUCAUGAAUGUGAUUAUGGAGAAAGAGAUCAUGGUUCCUUAUUUGGUCAGUAAGAAAGCCAGGGGGUUCUUGCAUAAACCCAAAUCAGGGGAUGCUUUGUGCAUCCCCCAUCGGUACUCGAUCUGGGGACCGACAUGUGACAGCACCGAUUGUGUUGUGCGCGAGGUGACGCUUGAUUCUGAAGUCAAGGUUGGAGAUUGGCUCAAAUAUAAAAACAUGGGAGCAUAUACAAGUACCACUGCUACCCAGUUCAAUGGCUUCAGCAGCACCUAUGACACAUUUUAUGUCAACAGUGAAACGUUGCCUGACUAUUAG